AACCAGAACCAGGACCUGGAUCUGGACCAGGACCUGGACCAGAACUAGGACCGGAACAGAAACCAGGCUGUGUCCAGAACCAGAACCAGGACCAGGACCAGGAGACCAGUGGGACUCGUCCCCCAGUCCCUCCUUGCCCUGAAGAUGUGCUUUGCUGCAGUCCUGCUGCUGGUCUGUCUCCUCCCGCCGGCCUCGCUGCAGCCCCAGACCGGGACCUGGACCCAGACCUGGACCCAGACCGGACCCCGGCUGCAGCUCUCGCACUCAGACCUAAAGACCGGCUCCGUCUCCUCCUGGAAGGGGGGCGUCAGCGGCGGGUACCAGGUCCUGCUGGUGGACGAGGACCGAGGCUGGAUCCUGGUCGGGGGGAAAGACCACAUCUACCUGCUGGACCCGGACCGGCUGGACCUGCCGGGCCGGAGGAUCCGCUGGACCGCCGCCCCAGAGAACGUGGAGCGCUGCAGGCUAGCGGGGAAGAGCCUGGAGAGCGACUGCGCCAACUUCGUGCGCCUGCUGCAGCCGUUCAACAAGACCCACGUUUACGCCUGCGGCACCGGAGCCUUCCACCCGCAGUGCAGCUACCUGCACCUGGGGGGCCACCUGGAGGAGCCAGUGUUCGUGUUGUCCCACCCACUGGAGUCGGGGAGAGGGAAAUGUCCCUUCAGUCCCAGAGAACCUUUCACCGCCAGACUGACCGACGGAGAGCUGUACUCGGGCACCUCGGUGGACUUCAUGGGGGCCAACGCCGCCAUCUUUCGGACGGCGGUUCAGGGAAGCAGCCAGGAUUAUAUCAGGACGGAGGCUUUUGAUCACAACUGGCUCAACGAACCGGACUUCGUGGGCUCCUUCUCCAUCCCCGACACCCACAGCCCCGACGACGACAAGGUCUACUUCUUCUUCAGGGAGAAGGCGGUGGAGGCGGGUCAGUGGGACCGGCGGGUCCACAGCCGGGUGGCCCGGGUCUGCAAGAACGACGUCGGGGGGAAACGGAGCCUCAUCAACCGCUGGACCACCUUCCUCAAGGCCCGGCUGGUCUGCUCGGUUCCAGGACCGGCCGGGGUGGACACCCACUUCGAUGAGCUAGAGGACAUCUUUGUUCUGGAGACCAAGGACCCCCAGAACCCGACGGUCUACGGCGUCUUCAGCACCUCCAGCUCCAUCUUCCGGGGUUCGGCGGUCUGCGUCUUCUCCAUGGCCUCCAUCCGCGCCGCCUUCAACGGGCCGUUCGCCCACAAGGAGGGUCCGGACUACCGCUGGGUGGAGUACAAGGGCCGGAUCCCGUACCCGAGACCCGGAACCUGUCCCAGCGAGACGUACGACCCCCAGCACCAGAGCACCCAGGACUUCCCUGACGAGGUGGUGAGCUUCAUGCGGCAGCACCAGCUGAUGUGGGAGCCGGUCCUGCCCCUGGGGGGACGGCCCGUCCUGACCCGGGUCAACGCGCCCUACAUGAUCCGCAGGGUGGUGGUGGACCGGGUGGAGGCCGAGGAGGGGCCCUACGACGUGCUGCACCUGGGCACAGAUGACGGGAAGGUGGUAAAAGCCGUUUCAGUCAUUAAGGACAACGGGGAGACGGAGGAGAUCAUCCUGGAGGAGCUGACCGUCUUCCAGAGUCCGACUCCCAUCCUGAGCAUGCAGCUGUCCACCAAGAGACACCAGCUGUUUGUGUCCAGCGACCUGGGCCUGGUCCAGCUCGGUCUGCAGAGAUGUGAGUUCUACGGGUCCGACUGUGCCGACUGCUGCCUGGCCCGAGACCCGUACUGCUCCUGGGACGGCCAGACCUGCUCCAGAUACUUCCCCCCCGGCAAGAGGAGGGCCCGCAGACAGGAUGUGAAGUACGGAGACCCCUGGAGUCAGUGCCCCCCCCCAGAGGACGGUCCGGCCCCCCCGGCGGCCAGGCCGGUCUACGGCGUGGAGGCCAACGCCACCUUCCUGGAGUGCAGCCCGCGGCCGGCGCAGGCCGGACUCCGCUGGACGGUUCAGCCGGACGACCCGCAGGGGGCGGAGCGGCAGAUCCAGGGUGACGGGCGGGUCCUGCAGAUGAAGGGGGGUCUGCUGAUCCAGGUCCUGGUUCCGGGGGACUCGGGUCUCUACACCUGCAGGGGUCAGGACGGGUCCUACAGCCAGGUCCAGGUCCGGUACCGGCUCCGGGUCGUCCCCACGGGCAGCCUGGGCCCGGCCCGGGGGUCCAACCACGCCCUGGACCGGGACCUGGACCCCCCACGCAGCUACAAGGACCUGCACCUGGACCUGGGGGGCCCCGGGGGGCCCGGCCCGGGCCUGGACCAGUACUGCGAGCAGCUCUGGUACCGCGAGAGGCGGCAGAAGCAGAAGCUGCAGAAGCUGCUGAAGCAGGAGAGCAGGAAGAAGGCCCGGGUGAGGAGGCACUUCCCCCCCGGGGGCCCCCAGUAGGGGCCAGGGGGCCGGGGGGAUCCGGGGGAAGGCUGGGGGGGCCCGGGUGAGGAGGCACUUCCCCCCCGGGGGCCCCCAGUAAGGGCCCAGGGGGCCAUGGGUCCCCAGGUCCCCGGAUUUCUGGACACCAAGGGUCAAGGGGACCUGGGGACCUGGAGACCUGGGGACCCAGAGACCUGGGUACCUGGGUACCCGGGGACCCGGACUUGCAGAGGACAGUUUGCUUCUUCAGCAAACACGCCAUCGUGGCGCCGCCACCAUCAUGCCGCCGCCUGCAGGAUUUCUGCCAUAAAAACUGACUAAUAUAUAUAAAAUAAAUAGUUUAUUCUCGGUGCAACGAGGGAUGAAAACAGCAGGUCAGAAAGUGUCUUUAUUUCUUUUGUUUAUAGGAAAGAUUUUGUAAACCAACUUUUAACUGUGUCGUAUAUCAAGAGUGUAUUUUAACGCUUAUUUUAGAUGUAAAACAGCAGAAAACCUUAAAAACGUUGUCCUGCAGUAACUUAAUAAAUCAAUAAAAAACAAUUGUGUUUUUAACAAAACAUAAAAUGUUGUGUGUUUAAACACGUUCGGUUGGUCCGGUUUCACAAUUCCUGUUUUUGCUGUUAUUUCUUCUUUGUUAUUUUCAACCUGGGUAGAAUCGACUGCUGUGAUUUUGGAUCCCGAUGCAGGUUUUUCAGUAAAACUAGUCGAACUAGUCGAGGUUUCAUUAGCGACUAUCGCGGUGGUUCUUCGCUCCUGCAUGGGGGGUCCCAUCAUGCCUGGCUGUGAUUGGUCCGGUACUCUCUGUACCGGAGGAACUGGCUGUAGACGGGGGGGUACCAGGGGUCCCAGGGGUACCAGGGGUCCCGGCUCUUCCUUCACGUUUUUAGCCAUAAUUCAAGAGCAGGUUCACUUCUGCAAGGCUUUACACCAUCCACAUCCAUUUCGGGCUUAACGGACUUCAUAUUUAACUGUGUAACAAAUACAUUAAAUGUUUUCUUUGUGUAUUUAUGUUUGUUUGGAGGCCGACGUGUUCACGCCACCAGUGGAACUAAGGCCUGAGAUUAAACGCACAUUCAUGGAACCAGAACGUGUAGCUCUUUCACAUCCACGUGUUUUAAAGAACUCUAUUUUUGAUAGACUUCAGUGUGUUUUACCUGGUUAUAUAAACUCUGAUAAGCUUUUAGACCAAGAACCAAGAAACAACAAUGUUUUUACUGUAUGUAAAUAAGCCACAAAUGAUAACGUACAAUAAAAAUGAAUAAUAUAAAGAAAAA